AUGACCGAAGAAUACACCGUCAAGAUCGGCACCCGCCGCUCGGCCCUCGCGCUGGCCCAGACCGACCUCGUCAUCGCCGCGCUCUCAAAGGCGGCCGGUCCGUCGGUCAAGUUUGAGGUUCACUCCAUGGCUACCAUGGGGGACAGGGACAAGACUACCCCUUUGCCGUCGCUGGGGAAGGGGUUGUGGACUAGUGAAUUGGAGGCGAAGCUGGUGAACAAGGAGGUGGAUGUUAUUGUGCACUCGCUCAAGGACAUGCCGACAAGCCUGCCGGAGGGGUGUGUUCUCGGGGCGGUUACGCAGAGGGAGGAUGCGAGGGAUGUGGUUGUUUUUCCGAGGCGUCAGGGGGGGAAAUAUAAGGCGCUGAAGGACCUGCCUGAGGGGUCGGUGGUGGGGACUAGCAGUGUGAGGAGGGCGGCGCAGCUCAAGAGGAGCUAUAAGGGGUUGGUUUUUAGGGAUGUGAGGGGGAACAUUGAUACUAGGUUGGCAAAGUGUGAUGAUGAGAAUGGGGGGUAUGAUGCUAUUAUUUUGGCGGCGGCGGGGUUGUUGAGGUUGGGGUAUGAUGAGAGGAUUGGGCAGUAUCUGGAGAGCUCGACGGAGGGAGGGGGGUUGUUGCAUGCUGUGGGCCAGGGGGCGUUGGGGUUGGAGAUUAGGGAGGGGGAUGAGAAGAUUGCCGAGUUGAUCAAAGCUGCGGUGGAUGAGGACACUAUGAUGGCGGCUUUUGCGGAGAGAAGUGUGAUGAGGACGUUGGAGGGCGGGUGCUCGGUGCCGAUUGGGGUUGAGACGAAGUGGGUUGAGGAUGAGGGGGAGAAGAAGCUGAGGUUGAAGGUUGCGGUUGUCAGCCUGGAUGGCAAAAAGGCUGUGGAUGGGGAGAGGACAGAGAAGAUCGCGAAUUUGGAGGAGGCCGAGGCUCUUGGGAAGGGCUUGGCUGAGAAGCUGGCCAGGGAGGGUGCUCAGGAGAUUCUUAAUGCUAUCAACAAGCUUCGUGAAUCGGCGCCGGGUGCGCUCAAGGUCAGCGAUGCUUAG